AUGUCUGCUAGUGCUAAUAGAACCAAAGAAGAUGGUAUUGAAUCACGAAGAGACUUAGAAGUUGAUAAUUCAUCAAGCGGAUCGAUGAAACUUCACGAUCUAAGUCCAUUGAGCAAAUCUAAAAAAGGUAGCACGACAAAUAGCACCAAAGAUUUAUCAAAAACGCCAAAUACUGAAUUAAAAUUAAACGAAGAAGAAGAAUAUGAAGAGGAUGACGAAGAUAAUGAAGUAGAAAUUUCACAAAGUUAUACUGAAACUACAGAAAAUUCAUUCAAUCAAUUCGAUUUUACAAACCCAUCAUCAAUUUUGAAAUUUAAAUAUCGAUCUAUCUCGGCAACUUUAAUUAGAGCAAUAAAUCUUUUCAGAAACUCACAUAAGCUUGGAAAUAUCGGAGAAAGUCCUCUUUUAAGUAAACUUGCUAUGAAACACUCUUUAGCAAUGGCAAAAGGUGAGACAAAAUUUUCUGCGGCGCCCGUUAGAAGCGAAGUUUUAAGUCAGCCUUUCGCAAACUUUUACGCUCAUGUUACCAAAAGUGAUUCACCCAAUCACGCUUUUCUCGAUGUUGCCAAUGAAUGGGCAACUGAUCCAAACUUGUCAAAAGCACUUCUUUCCAAGAUCAAUGUUGUUGGAGUCGGAAUGGCAUCUAACAAGAAGAUAUCCUUCUUUACAGUUAUCUGCGCAGUCAAGUCAUAUAUUGGAAAUUCUCAAUUAGUUGGAGAUGAACUCAGAAGUGUAUUACUUGGAAAUCGCUGCAUUCAAUUAGUCAACAAAAUAAGAAAAGAUUUCGACUUACAAACAUAUUUGUACGAUGAUUAUCUUUCAAUGCACGCUUACAAGUUCUGUCAGGCUGAUCACACCAAGAUUACUCAAAAAUUCAUGUCUUCUCGUUUCAAUGAUGUAUCCAAUAUUCAUGUAGAUUUUGGACAGGUUGAUUUUGAAAAAGCAAAUCCAAAAUCAAUCGUUGAAGAAUGGAUGCAUCAGACGCAGCAUCCGAUUGCAAUUCUUGGUGAGUUCAAUCGUAUUGGAAUUGGCUUCUGUCUCAAGAAGAAUAAGCUUUGUUCUGUGAGAAUUGUAACUCGUUCACUACACGCUUCUUUAAUUGAUGGUAGCGAAGUUCUUGUUGAUAACCAUAUACUUGCCAAGCAUGUUGCAGAAGAAAUGAAUGAUUUCCGCGAGCAACACUCUUUGGCUAGAUUAAAUUUAGAUGACGAUCUCUUCAAAUUUGCUCAGAUACACUCUGAAUAUAUAGCAAAUGGAUCUGAAGGUACAAAUCCAAUAGAAGAUGAUUUUUACCAAAAUAUUAUUGAACCUCGCUACAAAUUAAGUGAUAUAAGUCAUACAACAUGCCGUGAAAUGUCUAGAGCCCCAAAGGAGGUUAUGAAGAAAUGGAGAAAUAAUACUGAUUGCGUAUCUGUUGUUUUAAACCUUGUUGAUGAUAUUGGUGUAGGCCUUUGUUUCGAUGAGGACUAUGUUUGCCAUGUUACUGUGAUUAUCGCAGAUAAAGGUGGCGAAAAAGAGGUUGUUAAUAAGAUUGUCAGCUUAUAA